AGGGGGAUACAGAUGCUGAACCGGAGUUUCUGCAGCUUUCUUACAGCAGAUGUUGGAGUUCAGAUUUGGGGUCCAGUUUUCUUACAACCAGGAGCUGUUUUUUGUGGAAAAGUGGAAACACUUGUCUUUUCGGAUGGUCACAUACUUCUGUGUUUCUAGGCUAUAUUUGGCAAGGUCCAGAUGCUGAAACCAAGUUUUUGCAGCGAGGUUGCACUGCGGUGCAUCAGAGACCUGGUUUUGAUACCACAGGUGUGGCUUCACUUUUCUCUGUUUGGCCAGUGGAACUGGGGGGCGUUGGGCCAAAAGUUGGCUGGAACUAGCAGGAUCUUGGUGCUGGAGCCUGGUUUUUGUAGCUCUGAUGUGCUGGGCUGUGUUGGGGUCCGGGAACAAUAGGAGUGGCUAUCAUGUCCUCACUUUAGGAAGCGGAAUUUGGGAUCUUGGGUACCAAACUCAGUAGGCUCCAGGUAGAUCCAGCUUUUACCUUUUACCAAGGACAACCAUCAGCAGGACCCACGCCUCCUCUCUCCCUCCCUUCAGCGCCCCUCCCUCCCCUGACUGUCUGCUAUGAAAUAUGGAUCAAGUUAGUAAGUAGCAGCAGCAAUCCCUGUCAGAGGCAGAUGGAUCACUUUCAUUUCGCAGGAUGAUUUCUAACACCACCGAGGAUUCCCCGAGCAGCCGCAGCUCGGCUCGGAGCGGCGAUCGGAAGAGAGUCCUGGGCGUGGAGGGGAGGUUGAAGGCGUGAGAGCAUGGAAGGGGAUGCAGGGACUCCCUCCUAGUUCCAGAGCCAGCGAGAGGCAGGGAGGGAUCCGAGCUCGGGACGCUGCUGGGAAGUGCGAUCAACCCCCUCCCCCCCGCUAUUUGGGCUGGUUUCUUUGUCUGGAAUUCGCCCCCUUCUCCCUUGGGAUGCUGGCCGUUCGCCCUGUGGAGACUGUGGCUGGGGAUGUGGAAGAAGCUGUGGAAUAAUAUGGGUGGCAAUCACUCCCACAAAACUCCCGUGUUUGAUGAGAAUGAAGAUGUUAAUUUUGAUCACUUUCAAAUACUGCGAGCUAUUGGGAAAGGGAGUUUUGGAAAGGUGUGCAUUGUGCAGAAGAGAGACACCAAGAAAAUGUAUGCCAUGAAAUACAUGAAUAAACAAAAGUGUAUUGAGAGAGAUGAAGUCCGGAAUGUCUUUCGGGAGCUACAGAUCAUGCAGGGCCUUGAGCAUCCCUUCCUAGUCAAUCUGUGGUAA